AUUGGUGGAUGCUUGCUCCUUCUUUCCGUAUGGAGUGGGACCGCCUAUCAGUUGGGUGGCCCAGGAUACUCAACGCGAGGCCAUGGCCUCAUUACCGGAACAACCCUUAUCGGGAGCCCACUUGGGCAUACCUUUGGGACAAUGUCUCGGAGAUGACGAGCGAUCCAAUGGUCAUGUACAGGCACUACACUGAGGAGUUGGACACUCUUACCGCUGAGCAGGUGGAUUGGGAGCCAUAUGGUACCUAUUACCGUAUUGGCUCGGCGAUGACUGACCUCAACCCCAAGUGCUUGGAGGAGGCGGGUUUCUGGCGUAUGCGGUGCCCACUCAUAUGCAUGUGGCUUGUUGAAUACCACCAGCCGCAUAGAGUGAUGAGACAUUUCGGGUUGUAUCAGGAGUGCCCACCUGUGUGGCAAGACAUGGACCACGCGCUCCAUAGGUAAACUUCUUCAAUCAUGCGAUGAAACCUUGUUGAUCAUAGGAAGCGAUAGAAUCUAACUUUAUCCAUUGUGCUCAAUAUCUUGCAGGCUUGAUAGGCAGCGGCAGAGGAAGAUCACGAAUUGGCCUGUCCAUCAUAGGAUUCACGUGACAACGUUCCAACACUGUUUGGAAGCAAUACGGAAUGGUGGACAUGUCGAGAUUGUCCCUCACGACUUGGCCGCUUUCAACAACUAUCUCCAAUGGUUUCAUCAAAACACGCGUAUCGAGUUAGUGAACCACGCGUAUGAUGACGACAUCUUGGACGACCCCAUCGCGUUCGAUGAGGUUGCGCAAAGCCAGUACGACAGGACUGCUCGACAAGGGAGAUCGACUUCUAUUGCUUCCUCUCUGAACUUCGUGGUAAUGUAUUCUCUCAUUAGCUAGUACAUCAUCUAUAUUGGCAUGUGCUCGCUCAAAUUGUGUAUAAUAUGUUUGUCACAGCGGUCCGUGAUCCAAAAAACAGCUGACGAGUGUGAGGUUGUUUGG